AUGGCCAUGGCGGGUUCUCCCACUGACGCCACGGAGACGCAGGUGACGGGCAGCGACGAGGUGGAGUUGGCGUACGGUAGCGCCUUUUACCUCCAGGAGGAGUAUUUGCAGCGGCUGCGUCGGCGGCGCCAUCGCCCAGAGGCGGCGCCAGGGGAGGAGAGCGACAAUGAGGGGGACGACGGCAAAGGGGCCAGCUCCACAGCGGCACCGUCGCAGCAGGCUGAUCUCGCGGUGAACACGCGGCUUCAGCCGCUCUUUUUUCGUCUUGGAAAUGACUUCCCGCCGACGCCGCCCCUGACGACGCCUGACGAGGGCGACGAGCCAGCGGCGGCGGACGGCGUCCUGAGCGCCCUCUCCGCGCAGGGAGGCAAGCCAGAGAUCAUCCUGCCCGUCGUCAGUCCCGCCUGUCGGCUGGCGCAGAGUGCCACGAAGGGCAGCGCGGCGCUGGCAGGCCUGCGGCGGCAGCAGGAGGUGGAGCGCGCCGCGCGGGAGGCGACGGACACAAGCCGGUCCGACCUCGCGCGCCUCCUGCGGAAGGGGGAGGCGGGGCAGCAGCAACUGGGCGCCGGUGGCUGCCCGUCGAAGGCGGCGCUGGCGGCGGAGGAAGUGACGGAGGAUGAGACGGAGACGCUGCGGCGGAAGGUCCGCAAGGAGACGGCGAGGCUGGAGCGCAUGAUGGAAACCCCCCCUCACGAUGCGGCGGUUGCGGCAGUUGCCACCGCCGUGGAUAAGGAUGAGAGGGAGGAACGUGCUCGACAGCAUGAAUUGGUGUUGCGGAGGCGGCAGGAGAAGUUGGAGCGUGUGCAGGAGGCCAGGGAACGUUUGGCGGAGGAGAGCAGUCACGUUGAGGAUUACGGAGCUAAGCGGCUGGCGCUGUUGACGAUGCAACGCCAGCUGCCCAUUUACCGCUGCAAGGAGGAGCUGCUUCGCUGCAUCGGCGAGAACCCUGUAUCGAUCGUCAUUGGUGAGACAGGCAGCGGGAAGACGACGCAGCUUGUACAGUACCUGCACCAACGCGGGUACGCCAGGAAUGGCGGGAUUAUCGGCUGCACGCAGCCCAGGCGUCUGGCCGCCAUUGGGGUGCGCGCCGCGUGA